AUGACAUAUCAUAAUAUUCGUCUUGUAAUUCAUGUUCGUCAACAACCAAAUCAAACUCGUCGAUCAAUGUGGGAACAACAAAUGACAAGAAUGAUGAUAAUUCAAACUCUUUUGAGUGUUUUUUGUACAAUUCCUCGAGCCAUUUUUCUUAUUUAUACAAUUGUUACAUUCAAUGAACGUGCAAUGAGAAGUUUUGAUCAAAUAUCCAUUGAACUAGUCAUAGAUUAUCUGUCUGUCUCUAUCAUGUGUGUAAAUUUCGCCUCAUCUUUUUAUAUAUUUUUUCUUUCUUCAUCGCGUCUUCGACAAACAAUUAAAAUGUAUUUAAAACGUCUAUUCAAUUCGAAUCAAAAUCAAGUAGCUCCAACGAAUAUAUCACUAACAGCACCGAUAGUUACUGGACGUCAAACUGGAAGAGCAGCCAUUUAUCCAACUAUUUCAACUCAACUUCAUGGAAAAUAA